CACGUGUCCGCACGAUUCCUUGGCCACCCCCAGCGAACAAAUCGAGCGCAGGAACGCCACACCUUGGCCUGGACAAACGCGUCGGUGUUAAGGAUCGGAUUGUCGCACGCAGAAGACCGACAGCAACAAACGAAAGAUCACCACUCGCCAACUGCCACACGGAGGCAGUGAACGGAGGGACGAAUUCCACAGAACAGCACCAAAGCGCACUUUAAGAAUCCACCUCCCCGACAGCGGCUGUCGUAGGAAGAAGAACACGACGCAAGAGGAAGUCCCCACAGUAGCACGUCGGCAAGACAAAGGCCCCAAAUAGGCGUAAUGGAACGAGCACGGAAACGUUUACAAUCUAUUCAGGAGAAAACGAUUUGAAGCAGCUUGCCGUGAUAAAGGAAAUGGACGGAAAAUCCAAAAUGGAAAUGUGGACAACUGAUGAAUGCAAUCGCGUUGAUGGAACAGAUGGUUCCCAGUUCCCACCACAUUUAAUGGACAAAAAGCAAACAUUAUACGUUUUUAUAAAAUCUCUUUGUCGGAAGUUUCCCUUGCAAUAUGAGAAGGAUGUUAUUUUAUUUGACGGUAUCCCAGCUUGGAGAUAUAAAGCCCCACUGGAUGUAUUCUCCCAUCCAAGUAUCAACUCCGAUAAUCAAUGCUUUUGCGAUCUAGGUUCAGCAUCUUGCCCUUCAAGUGGACUGCUUAAUGCAACCAUGUGCUCUUUUGGAGCUCCUAUUUAUGCAUCAUUUCCUCAUUUUUAUACUGGUGAUAAGAAAUUAUUGGAAACUGUAGAUGGCCUGAAACCACAACAAGAAAAACAUGAAACAUUUGCGGAUAUCCAUCCUAGAUUGGCAUUUCCAAUAGACGGCGCAUCACGAUUUCAAAUUAAUGUUCAAGUUAAAAAGACAGCUUAUAUUACAGGCCUUGAACAUUUCCAGGAUGAUCAGAUUUUACCUGUUAUCUGGCUUGAGGUAGUUCCAGGUGAAAUUUCUGAGGAGCUGCGGAACAUGAUUUAUCACAGCACCUUCAGUGCCAACGCAAUACAACUUUCAUUUAAAUACGGCUCUCUUUUUGUUUGUUUAGCUUCGCUUGCUCUUUUAACAAUUACUUGCUACUUUCGAACUAAAAAAAUCUCAAAAUCAAUACUCAGCUAAAUUAAUGCCCAAAAGUGCUCGAUGGAAAUUAAAUUCUUAGUUCAACAAAUUCCAUAACUAGUUUUAACAUUAUUAGAUAAAUUCAGUGAAUAAUACACCCAAAGGAAAUAUAUAGCUUAAAAUCUGCAGCAGUGGAUUUGCUACAAAAAAUGUUACAUUUUAUAACAGUUUUUGCAGCAAGCUCAAAGCUCAAUUUUACCCGCGUGUAAACAUGUCAGCGAUCUGCAGUUCUCACCAACACAUAAAAUGCUGGCGCGUCCCCGCGCAACACUCCAGAGAGAACAAUAUGUUCGCGCUCUGUCACUCACAAUUCAUCAAGCGUCCAUGGCGCGGUGGUAGCGUGUCGGAACAGCGACCUAGGAGUUGAUGGUUCAAUCCUCGUUCUGUGAAGAUUUUUUCUGCAAUACAAUCAAUCAGCCGUCGGUAAUGUCGAUAAUUGUCGGUAACAGGUAAAAAUGUUAUAACCCUACAUCGCAAAAAAUACAUGAGGACAGAUUUCAUGCAUAUACUUUCAUGCCACCAUGCAUCACAAUCAUGCGACCGCCGGUUGGGUGAUAUGUAUUGUAUGUAUGUACAGUAGAGCUAUAUGAAACAGAAAUGAACCGAUGUUAAGGCCAAAAACUAAAUCUUCAAUAAAAAUCAAUAAAAAUGUUGAGACUUAA